CAUGGUGUGCGUGUGGACCGUAGAUAUGACUUCGAGUUCACUGUGCGUAUUUCGUUUGUUCUGCCGAAUUUAAUGUAAAAGUGUAUUCGCAAGACACAAGUAGGAUGGAAAUAGUCAUCUGUCACUUGCAGAUUUCUUCCAGCAAAUCAUGGCUGAUCUAGACAAUCAGAUCGAGAUGGAAAGGGCUCAAGCGCAGCUCGAAUAUGCGCCUAAUUCAGCAUUCGGUUCUACCGCCCAAAACGUUCAAGGAGGCGGCGGUAGCGUUCAAACGGCGUCCGCCACACAGGACACUCAGUCUUUAGAGGAGGAGGAGGAGACCAACCUGCCUGACCCGUUUGAGGAGGAGAUCAACCUACCUGAGUGGUUUGAGGAUCUACUUGAUUUUGGCAAUGAGUUGCUCAAACCAUGGAGUCAGAGCGGAGAAGGUAUAUCACACGGCGUAGGCCGUGUUCCUAGAGCGGUGGUUGCGUGGGCGGGAUUCGGGCGCACCGAACCGCAAAGACACGCCGCGCCUUGCGUAGCCCCUAUAAGGGCUUCGCGGGAGGCGGAUGAAGAACACGCGCCAGCUCCUCCCCCAGCGCUGUCGCAACCGUUUGGCUGCGAAAAACAACAACACCGAGCCCCGACGCCACCGGCAGGUAGAGGCAGCAGCGCAGCCCGUCCGCCGUCGCCACAGCCUGGCCCUUCAAACCGGCUGUCACCCCCUCCUCCUCUAGAAGCAGCAGCUCGCCGCCGCCGCCCACGCAAGGUAUACGUUCCGAGACGUAUACCUCUCCCCGCAAAUGAUGAUGAUUACGAUCACCCAUCACCAGCCCAUUCAUCUAUCGGGUGGACUCCUAGUUGUAGCAACAGUAAUAACAGUAAUUUCCUUAUGGCUAGCGGUAGUUCUCUCCCCCGUCCUAUCGAUAACGAAUUCGAUCAGAAUAACGGCGUAAUGACUCCCUUAGAAUACUCAGCAGUUGCUAGAGCGUUUGAGGGGCGAAUCUCUUUCACCAGAAUUGAGAAUCCAGGCGGGAGGUAUCGCGAUCCUGUAAGGUUUUUGGAGGCGUGCCUCCCCGUCUUGGAGACCGAGCUCCUCAAACUCUUAGAAGAUCCGGAAUUUAACGCCUUUAAAUGCAGUGCUGUGUUAUGCUGUGAACUGAGUCACCCCCCUAAACAUCAAGGUGACGCGGAGACGGCUACUCUGCAUUAUAUAUGGGGUGACAAUGGCGUUAUUUCUCGGAGCACAUCGAUUGCUGAGUGGUAUCGAGAAUCCACCUUGAGCGCUAUUAUGGCCCGAUUUUCCGAGAUGGAAGUACGUGGAUCCGCUAAAGCGCUCAGCAGUAUACCACACCUCGACAUCCAUAUACAUGUCUAUGAUCUAAUGAAUGGAGGGUCCCUAUAGAUAUUGAGAAAAAGCAAGCAUGCAUUAAUGUUCAAAAUAAGUAUGAUAAUGCGUGUUUUGCAUGGUCAGUCCUGGCUUGCGAGAGAAAUUACAAUUACAAACAUCAUCCCGAGCGUCCCAGCAGUUACAAAGUCAAAGAUAUUAAGAGACAGUAUAACUUUGACGGAAUAGAGUUCCCUUUAAGAAUCCAGGACAUACCUAAGUUUGAGGCUCAGAAUACCGCAAUAUCGGUCCACGUUUAUGGCCUGGAGAAGAAAAGCAAGUCAGAUGAGCAGAACAAGCAUACAGUAGUAGGCCCCCUCCAUUUCUCAAAAUUUGCAGGUGAGCGAGAGUUGCAUGUCAACAUGCUGCUCUUCUCCGAACGUGAUAAUUAUCACUACGUCUGGAUCAAAGACAUGUCCCGACUCAUUUCCUCCCAGUUAAGUAAAAAUGAUCAUAAACAACAUAUUUGUAUAAGGUGUUUGAAUUAUUUUUCAUCUCAAGAGUUAUUAGCAACACAUCUAUUAGAUUGUGCAUGCAAGGACCCGGUACGUGUUGUUAUGCCCACUGAGGAAAAUAACUUCAUUAAAUUCAAAAAUGCUCACCACCAGCAGCGUUGUCCUUUUGUUGUGUACGCCGAUUUUGAAUGCUUGCUGGCUCCUAUUACUCGUUGUGAAGGGAACCCCUUAGCCUCACACACAACCUUCACACAAAAACACGUACCUUAUGCGGCUGCGUUCCAAGUUGUAUGCGCAUAUGAUUGUAAACUUAAUAGCUAUCAGUUUUAUGUAGAGAACGACCCGGCGGUUUGGCUUCUCACAGAGCUUGAAAAACUUUCUUGGCAAGUUCACAAGCUCUACAGCAUCAAUAUUCCCAUGACCAAAUCAAAGGAAAAUGAUGACUUGUAUGAAAAGGCUGUUAAUUGUCAUAUUUGCGGGCUGGUCUUAGAUAGAAAAGCGGAGACUCCUCGUAGAGACCAUUGUCAUCUUACGGGUAAGUUCCACGGUGCAGCCCACAAAGCAUGCAACUUGAAGUAUCAAUUACCUACACACAUACCCGUCUUUUUUCAUAAUCUGAGCGGGUAUGACGCUCAUUUUCUCGUUGAGCACUUGGCUAAGUUCGGUAUGAAGAAGGAUCAGGUCAAUGUCCUGCCUGAAAGUGUUGAAAAGUACAUUUCUUUUUCAAAACGAAUGACGCCGAAAAUUACGCUCCGCUUCCUUGACUCUCUACGAUUUAUGCAAACUUCGCUUCAGAAACUGGUUGAGACUUUACCUCGGAAUGAUAUGCAUAUCACUCGAUCUGCAUUUACCGAUGAGGAAAAGUUUCAACUUGCGACGAGGAAAGGAGUUUUCCCGUACGAGUAUCUUGAUAGUAUGGCAAAACUCAAUGAAACCAGCCUUCCCGACAUAACUUCUUUUACCAGUACUCUCACUGGCGAUACCAUAACUAUCACAGAUUAUGAGCAUGCCGUUAAUGUCUGGCAGGAAUUCAACAUCCCCAAUUUGGGAGAAUAUGCAAAGUUAUACAUGGACACGGACGUUCGUUUGCUUGCAGAUGUUUUCGAAAAGUUCCGGAGUGUAUGUAUGACCACGUACUCUCUGGACCCUGCCUUUUAUUACACGGCACCUGGGUUGUCCUGGGACGCUAUGCUCAAAAAAACGGAUUGCAACAUUGAACUUUUGACUGAUGCUUCAAUGCUUCUAUUUUUUGAGCGAGGGAUCCGCGGCGGACUUUGUCAAUGUGUUCACAGACACGCCAGGGCAAAUAAUCCGCGGAUGGGUGUCGAGUACAACGCAUCCCUUGAUUCUAGUUACAUUUUGUACUUAGAUGUUAACAAUUUAUAUGGGCAUGCUAUGAAGCAACCGCUGCCGGUUGCCGGGUUCCAAUGGGUGCCUGAAGACGAAUUGAAGGGAUUAGGUGGACAGAUAAUGGGUCUUGCGGCCGAUUCUGAUGUAGGGUAUGUGCUUGAGGCAGACAUCGCGUACCCUAAUAAUUUGCAUGGAGAGACAAGCGACUUACCGUUAUGUCCAGAGCAACAAAUUCCACGAGGAAGCACCAUCCCUAAACUGAUGGCCACUGUUGGGGAUAAGCAGAGGUAUAUUAUUCAUUAUCGUAACCUCCAGCAGUGUCUCAGAUUAGGAAUGGAGCUCAUUAAAAUCACCCGGGCAAUCUCCUUCAAGCAAUCCCCCUGGUUGAAGGAGUAUAUUGAACUAAAUACCGAAAAGAGGGCGGUCGCGAGUAAUGAUUUUGAAAAAGACUUUUAUAAAUUAAUGAAUAAUUCCAUUUUCGGGAAAACUAUGCAAAAUGUAAGAAAUGAACGCGAUAUUGUUAUUAGAACCGCAUGGGAAGGGCGUUACGGCGUGAGAAAAUGUAUAGCCAGGCCAAAUUUUAAGCGUGCCACCAUCUUCAAUGAAAACUUUGUUGCUGUGGAGAUGUCGAAGACUGCAGUAGAGUUUAUGAAACCCAUCUAUUUGGGGAUGUGUAUACUCGAUAUCUCCAAAUUCUACAUGUACCGAUUCCACUAUGAGUUUGCGAAACCUCAUUUCGUAGAUCCAAAAUUACUUUAUAUGGAUACAGACAGCUUUAUCUACUGGAUCAAGAACUGUGAUCCAUAUGAGGUAAUUAGGUGCAAUGGUAAAGAAUUCGAUACCUCUUCUUAUGAGGUCAAUAAUCCUUAUGGUAUUGUUCCACAGAACAAGAAGGUUAUCGGUCUCAUGAAAGACGAGUCGAAUGGUUUACCAAUUGUAGAGUUUGUGGGACUGAGAUCGAAAAUGUAUGCAUAUCGCACAGUAGACGGGAGCACUCUGAGACGGGCAAAGGGUGUUAGACGGAUCGCGUCUCGUGCGCUUACGGUCGAGGACUACUUGCAGUGCCUGUACGGUCGUAGCGUUGAAGGCGCUCAUCCACACAUGGUUCAACAAACUAGCAUUCGAUCACGAGCUCACGAGGUGUACACUGUGCUGCAGUCUAAAGUCGGACUGUCUCCUCAUGACGAUAAAAGAGUCAUUUGUGAGGAUGGGGUGGGAACCCUCCCAUACCCACACUAUUUACUUGAAACGAAAGUAGGGGUGGGGUACUCUGGUUGAGUGAUAGAGAGGGAAUGAGCGUGUGAAUGUUACAAAUGUGGGCUAUGCGUGGAAAUAGUAUGGCUCUUUUAUCAUAGUGUAAAUAGUUGAUGAGAGUGUUUUGUUGCGUGUAUCAGUUUGCGUGCUUCCGUGCAUGUCUGAGUGUGCGAAUGAGCGCGAACUUGUGUUAAGUGUGUGUGUAUGUAAAUAUAAUCAUUAUUUUUUCAAAGAAGAUCAUAAUAAAUAAAAUUAAAAAAAAAGAAACUUAUUUAAAAAGUCUUUAUAUCUACAUAUU